AAAUUAGUAUUAGUUCAUAAGAUACACUUUAAUAUAAUUAGGGAACAAAAGCGGAAAGAAAAAGGAAAUAUAAGAACUCUGUGUUUCUCUAUUAAUUUUAUACAACUCAAAUUUUUAUCACAGCCUGUGUACAAACAUGCAAAUCCUGCUUCUUGGGAGUUUUAUAUUGUUUUUCUUACCAACAGAUUCGCUGAGUCAGCAGUGGAUGAAAUUAGCGUUGGUAUCUGGUGAUAUAUACAACAGAAAGUUCUGCAACAAUUACCGAUUUUGGACGGACACACAAAGAAAGUUGUGUAUCAAUUAUGGCGAUCUGAUUCCAAAAGUGUCCGUUGGUGCUAGAAUUGCGUACGAUGAGUGUAUACAUCAAUUUCGCUGGCGACGUUGGAACUGUUCUGCGCAUGCUCCAAAUUCUUUGUGGACAACUGACUCCAAAAACUACCCAUCUUUAUUUGGGAACAGUCUAAUCAUGGAAUCAAAGGAAGCAGCGUUUAUCAGUGCUUUGUUCUCAGCUGGAGUUGUGUUCUCUGUUACAAAGGCCUGCUCCAGCAAUCUGUUGCAAUCCUGCUCUUGCGACGUACGAGAUACGAAAGAUGACUCUCGAGGUUAUCGAUGGCAUCGUUGUAAUGACAAUGUCAACUUUGGUGUCACUUUCUCCAAACAGUUUAUUGACAGUGUGGAGUUAAAUUGGAGUUUGGAAAGAAUGUAUUCCAGUCAUGCGAGAAGUUUAAUGAAUUUACAUAACAAUGAUGUUGGUCGCAAGACCAUUGAAUCAAAUAUGAAGUUAAAAUGUGCGUGCCAUGGGGUUUCAGGGGCGUGCACAUCUCGUAUUUGCUCAAGAGAAAUCCCUGAUUUUCGUUUUAUUGGGAAUGUUUUGAAAAGAAAGUUUGAUGCCGCUAUUAAAGUUAAACUAAAGUAUAUCAGCACACGUCAGGUGUUAAUGCCUGCAAUAAAAUACUCACCACCAGUGACCAACACUCAGCUUGUUUAUUUGAAAAACUCUCCAUUAUAUUGCUCAUCGGUGACUGGACGUAGGUGUAGACAAAAGAAAGGCCAAUCAGGUUCUUGUAACGCUAUGUGUUGUGGAAGAGGUUAUCGAACAAAAGAAAGAAGUGUUGUUAAAAACUGUAAUUGUCAAUUUAUUUGGUGCUGCAGAAUCACCUGUCAAAAGUGUACACUUAAACAAAAAAUUUAUAUAUGUAAAUAAAAAUAUAUCGAAUACAAAUGACUUGGAAGUGAAUUAUAAAUCAAGAAGUCUCGAUAUUUGUGUGGCAGCAUCCAUGGUAAGGUACUGAAAAGAAAACAGUAUACAAAGAUUAGAAAUAGAAGAAAAUAAAGUCGAGACAAGUUAUUUAUGAAUUUGAUUUAGUGAAAGACAUCUUUUGCAAAUUUUGUAAAUUAGGUUAUAUGCUAAAAAUGUUAAAAUAAUAAUGUUACGUUAGAAUUAAAAAAAUGGAUGUGUUAAAGAUAUUUAUUCUAUUGUCGCGU